AAGGCGAAAGGAAGACUAACAAGAAGCGAGCAAUCUUGGUUUGUUUGGCUUAGUAGAGGCGGCAGUGCCUGCUUAGGGUUUUGUUGCCUACAUCAUUUCAUGAGUUCAAUAUCAAUGUGGAGGAAAGCCACAGCAUUCUCAGGGUUUGGCGCCACACUGAGCCACCACCUAUGCCGGCGCCACUCCACCGCCACCGCCACGGCUGUGAACUCGGUGCUCCUCCGCUCCCUGAAAGAGCACUAUCUGGAAGUGUCCAAAAUGAUCCCUCCCCCUAAAGUCAACCCUCCCUCUCCUUUCACCGUCGUCAAGGGCGCGCUCGACGGCGCCGGUCCCGUGCUCAAGCGCAGCUACGGCGACGAACAAAUCAGCAUAUCGGUCAUGCGAAUGGAUAAUAUUAUUCCCGGCGCAGGUGCCGCCGCCGGAGGAGAAGACGACGACGACGACGACAUCAACCAGUUGUUCCUACACGUCGAGGUUUCGAAGCCGGGACAGAAGGAGUCUCUGCUUUUUCUUUGUGGGCUGUAUCCGGACGCCUUAGGCAUUCACUCUGUCUCUAUCAGGCCUAUGGCCGACGCCUCUGAUUACGCUGCGCCUCGUUCUUCAGCAUAUACUGGCCCUCUUUUUGAGUGAUUAAUUCUUUGGAUAUUGUUAGAGAGUGUCAGAUUUUCAUGUUCAAGAGCAGAUAUCAGAAGGUGGAUGCUUGAUUCUUAGGGAUUUUUUCUCAUGUAAGUGAUUUUUGGAGUUGUGUAGAAGCCCUUAUAUUCCCAUAUCCUAAGGUCUUAUUUGAUUUCAGAGAAUAAGGCAUCUCCUAAGUUACAAAUUUUCUUGGAUACUUGCUCACGGUUGGACUAAAGAAAAGAGCUAUUCAUUUUUUUUUUCGGGCCCCGGGGUGGGGAGGGGGUGAGAGACUCUGGCUGAAGCUGAUUUAUGUCGGGUAUUUUGAGUUUCUUGCUUUUAUUUCUUGUGGAGAGUCACUUGAGGAAAGGAAUAAAGUCAAUUAUUUCCGUGUAUUUUAGAUUUUAGUUAGUUUAGAUGUCUGGUGGAUUGCUUGUCUACAGUUUUUAUAUUUUGUUUGAUUUACAGACACAGUUUCACAUAAAAUAAGAAACACCUUUUUCCAUGUGGAAAAGCUGAAGUAAUUCGUAAACUGGAAGACUGACCUCUGUGAAUAUCUUCUCCUAUGUUUCGUUUAAUUGAGAACCAAACUUUAUUGCUUCUAAGUAGUAUUCAUUUGUUAUAAGUGUUUUAACUUUUGGUAUCCUACAAAAUUGUACAGAAGAACACAGGGGGAAAAAAAA